UGCCUUUAUUCGAUGAAGCGGUUGCUUUGUACGCUGUGGAAGGAUGGCCGACAAAAGGAAACUGCAAAGUGACAUUGAAAGAAACCUCAAGAGAGUACAGGAGGGGAGAACUGCCUUCCAGGUAUAGUGUAAAUUUAUGUAGUGGGACUAGUUAUUUAGUAAGAUAUUAGCUAUAUACAGUUUAUAGUUGGUGAAAAUGAUAUGUCUACCGUCUAAAAACUGUGUUUGUAUACAUAUGUACUGUGUACGUUGCAAUAGAAACAACGAAUAUAUAUUCACGAGCCAUUUAAGUAUAAAUUUAUCUUUGUACGAAACGUAGAUCUAGAGUAACUUAUAAAUCACUCGAGUGAUUAUUCCAAACACCACAAUGAAGCGUUCUUUCAUUUAUUGUAGUGAUAGCUAUCAUAUGGGAACUUAUUUUGACAUCUAUUCAUACAAAUGUUAGAUAGUCAGAAGUUUCAGCUUGCCGUUUAUAUAUAUUCAUCGACUUUGAUAGACCUCGUUUUGCUAAAAUAAAUAAAGUCACUAAAGUUAAACCUUAAUACGUUUUUAGCUAGUCUAGAUCAUUUAUUACCUAGCUAUUAGUAAGGCCUCAUUUAAGUGAAAGGCAUAGUUUACAGUGACGGUGAUUGUGUAUUGAAAAGUUUCUAGUUUUUUACGUUUAUGUUUUAAGAAUGAUACGCAACAUUAAUACCUAUCCACAAAAACUCAUGAAUAACUCAUAAAUUUUGAACUUACAUUCCAUUACAUAUUUGCCUCAUAACUACUGAGUCGCUAUUCUGUAUAUUUUUCACUGAGCUUGAAACAGCCUGACUGUCAAAUAGCUCUUAUUCUAUAUAUCCCAAUGCAAACAGUAUUCAUUAGUAACGGAGUUCUUUUGUGUUAAAAUCAGCGUAAAUAUCCGGUCGAAAUUUUAUGCUUUUUAGAACGUGUUUCUGUAUGACCGCAAGUUUUUCUUGGCUCAUUUACUGUUCAUUUAAUAAUUGUGGUAGAAGUUUGGUUUCAUUUUGUUACAAGGGAUAAGAUACACUAAGAGCUUUCAAAUAUCUGACUGCCAACUGACAUCUGAAAAAUAUUUCACUUAACACGCCAGUUGCAACUUUCUUGUCCCAAACUAUUUGUAUUUUACAUGAUUUGUAUAUAGCGCUGUUUAUUCGGAAGAUCACCUUGUAGUAUACUCAACCCUGCAUACAGUAUACAGCUUACAAGUUAUUGAAUAUUCACGUGUUCAGAUGAAAAUUAAGUCAUUUCUGAUAUCCAAGCCUUUGAACACUGUAUGAAAGCACCACAGUAAUUGAUCUGUUUCUAGCUGGAGUCACGUACUUCAAUUGAAAUGCAUGUAAUUUGACUGGUUGGUCAUUCAUAUGUUUCUAAGACCCAAUAGGAUAUUUUCACUAAGUAUCAAGUUAUUCCACAUUUGUUGAUUUGAACAUUAGCACUUCACAUGGUUAGUACGACAAACUAUAGUCGUAAAACUACUAUCAUUCUGGAAAUAUCUUUCUACGUUAUCGUGGACUAGAAAGUUUCAUUCGCUCAUGCUCUGAUAAUAGCACAUAAGUCAAUCUUGUUCUCAGUUGAACCCUCCCAUGACUUUCUAAUGCAUCUUGUACUCCUAUUAUUAAUCAUUCUUUUCUGGUUUAAUGCUUCUUUGAACAUACAGCCAGUCAUAAUAAUUCAAUCUUAAUAAAUGAAGCCUUAUUUCUUGGAUCUAAAACCCAAACUAUCUUUUGGGGGCGUUUGCCAAACUGGAAAAUAGACUUUACUGGCCAUGUGCAUGCCGUGUCUCUCAAACACAAUUAUGAAGGUCAAGUUUGAGUAUUCUUAUAAGUUCAACUAACUUCUGUGGACAAUCCACACUGUUCGCUCUUUGCUUAUCUUUUGGUUUGUCACCAAUUUCUUGUAGUCUUGUCGGUAUAUAUACAACGUUGGCUACUCGAAUGUCAUAUAAUUGUCAAAAAGUGGGUAAUUUUACCCACUGACAGUUGUAGCAUAUUUUCAUAUAUUUCCUUUUCCUAAUAAAUCUAGGAAAUACUGGAUAAAUUUGAAAGUACCAACAAUCCGACUCAAAAAGAAAAAUUUGAAGGCGAUCUAAAAAAAGAGAUUAAAAAACUUCAAAGAUUAAGAGAUCAAAUCAAAACAUGGAUUACAGCUAGUGAAGUGAAAGAUAAGCGACCAUUAUUAGAAGCACGUAAGGAAAUCGAACAGGAUAUGGAACGAUUUAAAAAGGUCUAUUAUCAACUGAAGCGAAAAAAGACCCGUUACAGAAAGAAAAAGAAGAAUUAGAUGAUUGGUUAAAACAAUGUAUUAGUUCAUUAAAUACACAAACAGAAAAAUAUGAGUUUGAGAUUGAAAGCUUAUCAAAUAAUACUAAAAAGAAAAGAAUAGAUAAAGAAACAGCUUCAGCAAUCGAUGAAAAACGUCAACGUUUAGAGAUGUGUUGUUUUCAUGUUGAAAAACUUGAAACCAUUAUGCGUUUAUUAGAUAAUGAACGAUUAGAUUGUACAAAGGUUAGAUCUAUUCAAGAGUCUAUUGAAUAUGUGAUCGAUUGUAGUGAUAAUCAGUCUAUGUUUGACUUUAAGAAUAUUUAUGAUGAUUUAUGUUUGGAUGAGUUAGGUGAUUCUACUGGAAUAACUGCAGCACCAGGCACUGCAACAGGAAAUCAAGAGCAUGAUUUAAAUGGUGUAAUUACCCCCGGUACUACACUGGUAAAUCAACGAGUAGGGAGUGAUGAUGCUGGCUCUUCAACUUCGACUCAAACAAGUGCAUCAAAUAAUACAGAUUCGUCUGUCACUCAUCCUGGGUCAUCGGCAUCAUCCAAUGCGUCUUCUUCCCGAGAACGUGCUAAAAGUGAUGAUAAAGUCUCCUUGUUACCACAUGUAUCCGCUUCUUCUACUAGUACACCUAUGAAAUCUUCAAAUACACCAGGUUCAUCGGGCAAACAAAAACCCGCUGCUUCAAUUAAUCAAACUGCUCCUGCUCUUAUGUCCCAAGUUGUUGCUGGCACUCCUAAUAAAUCUGGAAAGUUGAACGCAAAUAGUCAUUCAACAUCAAACAGUAUGACAAUCGUUGCCGAGAUAGGCCCGGCCAAACCCUCUAGUACUAUAGAUUCUCAGGUCGUUGUUGACGAUCUUGCUCGAAACCAGAAGAACGAAACCACCCAAAAACAUAAUGACCGUCCCAAUACAGUUACAACAAAUCCUCAGUUACAAUCACAGAUAAAAAAUGGCCCCAGUGACGAUAGCAAUUCAUUAACACCUUUCCCCUCUGUUUCAGGAACAAAUUCAACGUCUACAGCACCUAGUCUUGCAUUUUCCGCCUCUCAUGUAAAGGAAGAUUCUUCUGUGAUCAACAGUCGAGAAGAAUUACUUGCGCCAUGUCAACCGUCAUGUGUUUCCAACUCAAUAAAUUCUUCGUCACCUAUUCCACUGCGAAGUAUGUCAUCUGAAGUUAGCAAAGCUUCAGGUGUUACUAAUGCUUACAACAAUUCGAUGCUUUCCACUUCUACAGACGAAAGCUCUGAAAACGUAAAUCGUACUCCUCCCAGUCUAUAUUCAACGGCUAUGCUAGCUGCUUCUCAGGAUAAACAAUUGUCAUCCCUACUCGCUUGCUCUCAACAUCCAUCUUUAGGACGUGCAGGUUCGAAUUCUGUUGUGGAUCCGUCACUUUCUGCAAUUUCCUUGUCCAGUAAAUUUCACUCAACAUCUGGUGUUUCAUCUUUACCACUUCCUUCAACUGUCAUAUCUACAACCAAUCCUCAAGUACAGUCCUCUUAUUUGGGACUAGACAGCCAACUAUCUAGUAUACAACCGUCUUUACAUUCUCAACAAAUAAAAAAUCAGAAUAGUCCUGUUCAUGCUCAUAUGCAUCCACGUGAUGCUGCUGCUCCCUUCCGUAACAGAAAUUUGGACAAACCCAAAGGAGCUGUACCACAAGAGGUAAGUUCAUUUUUGUCUUCUCCGUUCCGAUCCAUUUCUCAUAUGUCCUGGUCUUUCUAUGGAUUUUUGUUUACAUCACUGCAUUGAUUUAGUCUUAACCAACCUAACGUGAUUGCGCAAUGAUUCGAGCUGUCACAAUAAUAUUUCAUUAAGAUGAAAAAAAAAACAAAAAGGCCCAGCCAGUACAAACGGUUAAUUUCAUUAGAAAAUACAAUGCUUCUACCAUCCACUAUAAUCAAUCCAUAGAUUUUAUCGCAAGAAUACCAUCUUGUGGUGCCACACAAGCCGAUAAGUGUUUUAAAAUGGUAAACAAAAGUUCACUCACUCCUCUAUUUUCUAGCAAUUAUAUACUACUAGAAGGAGAAGGAACACUUCAGGUUUCUUUCCCUAAAUGCCCUGGACGGCCAAGGGUUUAUUUUUUUAUUUGGACACAUAAAUAUUGGUACAAAGGGGUACUGAAUACAUAUGCGCCACACAAGUCACUUGGUUUGGGUGUGGAGAGUUAGCUCUCUCUCUCUCGAAAUCCUCUCACACGGACACUUAUGUAUCUGCUGCCAGAGAAGUUCUACUCAUUGCCUACUCAUCGCGGGGUUGUUGUUUACGAAAUUGAGAAAACGAAAAGCAAAUGCCCGGCGCUUUAACCGGGUUGAUAAACAUGAAGAGUACCUAGGGGAGUUGGAAAACCCUGAUAUUAAUGUUUCGUAUGUUUUGAGUUGACGUGGUUUUGCAAAAAAGAAUUCGAUAUUUCAUUUUAAAUUCUCAGGUUGUGGUUGACCAAAAAACACUACUCUAAUUUGUUUGGUUUCAGUUCACACUCGUGAGAAUCAUUAUUAUAAUAUUAAAGACGAUUUGUUAUCAAUAGUCUAUUCAAUCCUGUAAACCAUAGUUCUGGUUUUAGUUAUCCAUUAAAAAUUCCUCUCAUAGUAUUGAUGAAAGGUAUUGUAGUGAAACUCCAGGGUAAACAUUCGUUUUCUAUAUGUCACAGUCAUGGAUCACUGAUAUGUAAGUAUCUUAAUAUUAUCGACAUCUUACUAUCAAAUCAUCCGAAAGUUAGUUAUCAUGAAAUACCUAUCAACAUUACAUUAGACUGUUAAACAAAUUGUUAUAUUUGUAAUAUUUCUUGAAACACUACAGAUUCAUUCAUGGUGGAAAAACCACAGUUUAUAAAAUCAUUAUACGAGUAGCCUUUUACCAGAAUCCUAGUGUUUGUUUUGGUAAACUUUUUGGCAAACAAAGCCUUGAUAUGCACGUAUAUUUAAUCGUAUUCGUUAAUCCUAAGUUGGUUUUUGCUACAAAUUUUCAGUAGGAUAAGAACCGGAGGUUGCUAAGUAACUGUUUUAUCCCAGUUUGAAACUUAUCAAUAAUAAAUCCUUCCACUCAUAAGAGCUCGAAUUCAAGAGAUUCAGUUAUCCGUAUGUCCGCAUUACCAUUUAGACCAAUGAGUCGUAAUUGAUUUCUACAUAUUUACCAACUUUAGUCACUCGAUUAUACUAUAUGGAGCUGGGUUCAAACCCUAUAUUUGAAAGUCGAACACCUUAAUCAUUGAUUCGCCGCUCCAUCAUCUAGUACUAUCAAACAAGAUCAUGGGUAAGCACUGUUGAUGAGCCUCUCACUAGGACGAACUAUCUAUCUAUCUAUCAAUCCCUAACUUCUAAUGAUUUCGAGCUAUUUUUCAAACGACUUUUAAAUUGAACGAAUCUCGACAGACUUAUAUAAUAGAAAAAUAUGUUGUUUUAAUCUUUUAAACAUACAUUGGAACUCUACUAAUAAUUCUCUAACCUUAUUGAUUUUAAUCGAGGUGUCGGUAGUUCGAUUUUCUAAAAUAUAAAUAAUACUUUCUGUCUAAAUAUUUGCCUACAUUUGAAUUAACCAUAGUAAAUUAGGGCUUAUUGAUAAAGAUGAUGAAAUAUAUUUUUCUAGCAUACUUGGAAAUUAUCAAGUUAGCAAUAGCAUUUAAAUUGUUAAUGACAAAUAUAAAGUGUAUUAUAUGAUAUAUGAUAAUAAGGAUCUUAUGAAUAGGUUUCUCAUUUUGUGUUUUUGUUAUAACUUGUGGCUUGUGUGCCCUGCUAAUGUAUAACGUAACGAUACCGCCAAUUAGAGAGCAGUGACUUAUCGAUCGGAUCAAUGACGCGUAAACCCGUAUGAACAGUCUAGAGUCCUUAUUGAUCCUGCUUUCCGUCUAGCCCAGCCAGUUAAGUACAGAACACCAAUCUCAGCCUCUGAGAUAUGAAUCAUUUAUUUCAAACAUACUGGGUUUAUAUACCAUUCAGACAGACCAAAUCGUACCAAUAAAAUAGGACACAACAUUUGCACAAGAUUUGGCCAAAUGGUCCCGACCGUUGUUGCUACCUUGACGUGGUGGUCGGGCUUGCCUAUCGUGAUGAAGCAACCGAGCUAUACUGGCUGGAACAACCGUUCCUCAAGGUUUUACCAUGUCAGAUAGGUCGGUUGAAGAGUGGUAAGACUAAAAGCAACAAACCCAAUGUCCGAAGGCGAAGGCCUUCAGCUACUCUACAACUACCUUCCAUUACCAGGCAAUGUGAAUGGAACAUUGAAGUAGGUCCCCCGAGUCUAACUGAAGUCCAAAAGGCUAUAGUUAAUCUGAAACGAGAAAGGGCAGCUGGUCCAAAUGGAUUGGCUCCAGAGGUCUUUAAGGAUGGUGGUCCAAUUUUGGCGAUUAGGUUGACUAAUAUUUUAGCUAAAAUCUGGGAGUUAGACGUUAUGCCAUUUAACUGGUCACAAUCACUUAUCGUCCCAAUAUAUAAGAGAGGGUCAAAAUCAUCCUGUGACAGCCAUAGAGGGAUUAGUUUAACUAAUAUAAUAUCUGAAAUACUAGCCUCGAUAAUUAUCAGACGCCUAACUAAGACUCGUGAACUGCAAACACGAGAGAAUCAAGCUGGCUUCAGACCUGGUCGUGGCUGCAUCGACCACAUACUCACCAUUCGUCAGGUUCUAGAACACAGGCAUACUUAUCGGCGUCCGACAAUGGUGGUCUUUCUUGACUUAAAAGCAGCAUUUGACUCGGUAGACCGCGAGAUUCUGUGGCGGUGUCUGUCAUUGAAAGGCGUACCUCAGAAGUACAUAAACCUUGUGAAGGCUCUUUACUCGAACACUACUAGUCGAGUCAGAGCUUAUGGCGAACUGUCAUAUGCUUUUGCAACCUCAAGUAGUGUCCAUCAAGGAUGUCCACUUUCUCCAUUUUUGUUUAACUUCAUCAUAGACCUACUGAUGAAAAUAACAUUCUCGUCGACUGAAUUCUCGGGCAUUGAUCUCCUUCCAGGAGGUCCACUUAUCGACUUAGAAUACGCAGAUGAUAUAGUCCUGUUUGGUGAAGACGCUGAUAAAAUGCAGAGCCUUUUGGUAGCACUAAGCAACAAUGCCAGAAUGUUUGGAAUGCGCUUCUCUCCCUCUAAAUGCAAGAUGUUGCUUCAGGACUGGUCUGCAUCAACACCUGAACUAAGGAUAGGGAGUGAAGUAGUCGAACGCGUCGACAACUUCACUUAUCUUGGAAGUCUGAUCAGCCCUAAUGGGUUGGUAUCGGACGAAAUCUCAGCACGGAUUCGAAAAGCUCGUUUGGCUUUUGCCAACUUACGUCACCUUUGGCGAAGGCGAGAUAUCCGUCUAUCAAUAAAAGGACGAGUAUACUGCGCGGCAGUCCGUUCUGUUUUACUUUACGGCAGCGAAACAUGGCCUUUAAGAGUAGAAGACAUCCGUAAGUUACUAGUAUUUGACCACAGAUGCCUUAGAAAUAUUGCUGGCGUCUGUUGGGUUCACCAGAUAAAUAAUAGUGAGGCUAGACGCAGGGUAUCAGGGAAGGAUGGUAAAUCAGUUGGUGAGGUUGUUAAUCUUCAUCGACUGAAAUGGUUGGGCCACGUGUUACGUAUGCCUGAACACCGAUUACCACGACGUGCAAUGCUAACCGGUGUUCGGGAUGGUUGGAAGAAAGUUAGGGGCGGCCAUACCAAAACGUGGCAUCAGUGCUUGAAGUCACUAACUUCUAGUCUGAGCCAUGUUGGUAGAUGCAGACUACUUUGUUGGGGUCCGCGUGACUAUCGUAACCAAUGGUUGUAAACUGUAAGUGACAUGGCUCAAAAUCGAUCACAGUGGUAUAGGUGUAUACACUGUCUAUCUUCUCUUAAACUAAGACAUUAAAAUCGCUUCAUAUCUUUCUUUCUACGUAGUAAUUCUUUCUUCCUGUACUGUAUUUUUUAUAUGCAAUCUUUCUUUUAUAUAUUACCACCACUGGAUUAACUACUAUGAAUUCGCUGUUCAUCUUGGUGUACUAAUGAGUGAAGUAUGACAACUUGGACCGAUGCAUAUAUGUGCUUGUUCUUACGUUGUAGCUGACUGACUGACUGACUGAAUCCAUAUACACAUGAAUAAAUAAGAAUAUCAUAACCAUUAUAUUUAAUACGCCUAAAAAAGAUGUAUUUUUCCUUUUUGCUAUUUCUAUUAACUACUUUGAUAUAUACAUUAUAGAAAUACAAUAUAUUGAUUAAGAAAUCCGAUUAUAAUCUACCCCUGGUUUUACUUUGUUUAACGGAAAUCAAUAAAUUUAACCUAUUCUCCGUAUGUUUUUCUAAUCGUCUUUGUUGUUGUUGUUAUAGAUCAAUAUAAUCUAAUUGUCAUUUUUCUUUUUAGGCUUAAUGAAAAUUACAAACAAUUAUGUCUUAUUUUAGAAUCUAUUCAUAUGAUAUUAGAGAUUUAUUAUUAUUAUUAUUAUUUUUAGUUACAUUCACACUACUUAGAUUAUAGAUUUGAUGUUUUAUUUAUUACCGCCUAUCAAUUAAGAUCUGAUUGUGUUACUAGGGUUUCACUUAUUAUUAUUAUUAUCUCUAACAUCUUUUUAUCUCAUAUGGUUUUUAAUUGUAAAAAUUAUGGAGCAGUGGCUGAAUGGUUAAAUGGUGGCCCCCCAAGUGCCCUGGUACGGCCGAGGGUGGGGAGAGUCAGCUCUCCCUCUUGAAAUGCUCUCACAUGGUUACGUGUAUACAGUCAUUGUCGAAAAAGUGCUACUCACUGCCUUCUUGAAGUAGGGGGUGUUAUUUACGAAUUUGAGAGGACGAAAAGCGAAUGUCCGGUGCUUUAACCGGGUUGGUGGAUAUGGAGGAUCCACCUAGAGGAAGUUGGGAAACCUUUAUUUUGUUGGGGUUUUGUUCUCUGAUCUGGAUGGUUUGAUCGUGGAGCUUCUACCUGAAGUUUGUGCUGUUGAUAUCGUUCAGAAGAACGAUCACUCACCUGAGCUACAAAACCCUGAUUCCAAACCAAUGAUGCACUUGGGCUCUAGGAUCCUGAAGGAACAAAUGGCGUGUAAACCAAUUAUUAAUCACUGGCUACUAUGAGACUGCAUGUCCUAAAGUUCCUCCACUGCCUUGUAGAUCAGACCUUUAGGUUGAAGGCUCGGAGUGUGGGCACCUAAGAAAACCACCUGCUUCUGUUUGGGCACCCUGGCAGUAUCACAGCCCACACACAAAUCAAGUGACUUGUGUGGCGCAUAUGUAUUCGUUGCCCCUUUGUACCAAUAUUUAUGUGUUUAAAUAAUAAAAGAAUGAUUAAAAUGUUCGUUCUCAACCGAUAGGUCUCAGAUUCGAACCUUGUUCGACUCAGUUUGGUAGUAUCAUUGAGUCUUGCAUAGAAAGAAUAUGGUUCGAAGUCGGAAUGCAUAUAAACUUGUGUUUUGUAAAUGACUUAAUAUAUUUAUUUAUUUACUUGAACACAUAAAUAUUCGUACAAGGGGGCACCAGAUAUAUGUGGCCACACUGGUGCGUGUAGUUUCAGAAAAGCUCUUUAAGUAUUCGUAUUUGAGGGUAGCAUUCAAUUUUCAACCAAUCAGUGGCUCGAGAACGUUUAGAUAGAACCGAGUUUCCACCAUAUGCAAGCUGCUGUAUAAGUCGAAAAAUAAGGAUACACAAAGUGGGAAUAAAAGAGGGUGAAUAAGUGACGUAGUAAAUAAUAAUAAUAAUAAUAAUAGUGUGAAUUGUUUGACUGUUAAUCGAAGCGAGAAUAGUAUUUUCAGUAAAUUUCGUCAUUUCAUUCUAUUUGUGUGUGGGCUGUGAUACUGCCCGGAUGCCCAGACCGAAGCAGGUGGUUUUCUUAGGGGGCCACACCUCGAGCCUUUGAUCUAAAGGUCUGACCGACAAGGCAGUGGAGCAUCGUAAGGAAAUGCAGUCCCAUGGUAGCCGGUGGCCAACAAUUGGUUCCUUCAGGAUACUGGGGCUCAUGUGCACCAUGAGUUUGGAAUGAGGAUUUUCUAACUCCCCUAUGUGGACUCUCGGUGCUCACCAACCCACUUAAAGCCCAGGAAAUUCGCUUUUCGUCCUCUCAAUUUGGUAAACAACACCCUCGCCACGAGAAUGCAGUGAGUCGGACUUUCUUGGCACAGGCUAUAUACGCGUGGCCAUGUGAGAGCAUUUCGAAAGGGAAAGCGGUCCCUCUCCACUCUCGGCCAUACUAGGGCAUUUGGGAGCCAUCUAUUUGAUAUGUGGAUAAAAUGUGAUCAAAAUUUGUUCUUUUUUUAUGAAAUUGAAUGAUCUUGGUAAUUGAAUAAAUCUAUAAUUAUCUAUUUUAUUGGUCACAAUGAAUAUUAACCGAUUAAAUAGAUAAAAGCAGAAAGAAAGAACGAAAGAAGGAAAGAAAGGGAUUGUUAUAAUCUCUUUAGUUAAGAGUUGAAUUCUCAGGUCAAUUCACUAUCAAUCAAUUUAGUGUAUGAAUAUCAUAAACAAAGUUUUAAGUUAUUUUAUUAUUCAUAAGAUUUGAUUGGUAUAUCUCUAGAAUAUUUGGAUAGUUGUAAGCUUUAAAACCUAUUAUUCGUAUAUGAUUUCGUGGCAUAUAUCUUAAAGACCCUAAAUGCCCUGGUAUGGACGACGAAAUGCUCUCAUAUCGCCACGUGCAUAGAACUACUGCUAGGGAAGUACUACUGAUUGUCCUACACACAAAUCAAGUGACUUGUGUAUCGCAUAUGAAUUUGGUGCCUCUUUGUACCAAUAUUUAUGUGUUCAAAUAGAAAUAUAUCUUGAAGCUCCACGAGUUUCUUACGAAAAUUUAGGUUCUUUUUAUUCAAUGCUACCAUAAGAUAUUACUACUUUCGUAUUUUCAUUAAUUAUCUAAUUCAUUUGCCUUAGACAAAUGCGUGUAUUUAGCUUCAAGCCACUCUCCAAAUCUAAGAAUUGAUGAUAUUACCUGGUAGUCCAAAUCCUUCGGAAACAAUGAUGAUCAAACACAGAGAGUCGUGUAACAUCCUCAACUCGGAGAGGCUAGGUUUCACAAGCAUAGAGCAAAACUGCUCUCACCGACGCGUUGUAGAUCCGACCUUUUACAACCAGACUGACAUCACGAAGGCGCCAAAGAUGGCCCAGACUGGCAUAAGCCGCUCUGGAUUUCAUUAUACAUGAAUCGAUCUCACCACUCAACAACUACAUAAAGAUAAUUUGAAUGACAAGCUUAUCAGUUGUUUGUUUAUAAUAAUGUAAAAGUGUUUAGUAUACCAUAUCUUUGACUUUUGAAUUCUUACGUUUACAUCCCAAUUUAUCCCCAGUGACUAGUUAACUUGAUUCCUCCUAUUUCUCUAUACCCUCCCUUAAAUAGUUAAUGAAGUUUUUUUCUACUAUUUUUCUUUGUUCUGUGGAAUGUUUUGUAAGAAUAUGUCAUCUAUGUCUAAUAUUGUAAUGAUAUAUUUCAACGCUUGAACCUUAUUGUCUUGUAUACGUUUUUGAUUUAUUUAAAGUGUUACUUAAAUUGUCUAUUUAUAAGUUUCAAUAGAUGAAAUCAUGAGUCAAUUGAAGCUAGACCACCAUGGAAAACCAGGAAGCACUGGACGGCCGUUUCGUUCUAGUAUGGGACUCCUCAGAAGUGGUGAUCUGGCUUCAAUUGACUCAUGAUUUCAACUAUUGAGAUUUCUAAAAUCUCCGAAAAACCCCUUUUGAUAUUUAUAAAUUGUUAAACAUUACUUUAGAUUGUCUAUACCUCCAUUCAAUAACUCCUAGUUUUUAUCCCUAUCAUCGUCACUUUUCUUUAUGUAACAGUGAAUAUCGUUAGAAAAAAGGAGCUAAAUUGUAGUAUAAUUGCAGUGAACAAGAACACGACUGGGGAUAAUUGGAUGUAUUUGACAAGAAGUUACAGAGCAUCUCAUUAACAUCUGAGGACCAUCUAGUGUAAAUAAUUAAUUUGCAGAAUAUCAAUCCAUCGUCUCAAUCUAAACUGUUCCUUUUGUAUAUAUUAAUCCAUUGUCUCAGAUUUCAUUGUUUAUGCAUUUUCAUACUAAUCGCGUUCCGUUCCUAUUCUUUCCUUACCGAUUCUCUACUGUAAUACAUUCUAUGCCUGACCAUCGUUAUAUACUACUUAUAUGGAUAUAAGUAACCCACACCACACUACUGCAUUAUAUUAAUCUCUUGCGCUAUUUCCAUACUAUCGUGCUAGUGUGGUAUGACCACUUGAACAAACACCCAAGUCAGACUAUGUAUGUUGAUGAUGCCUUUCUUGAUAAAAUCAGUAUAAUUUGAUAUGGAAAUAUAGUACAAAAGUGAAUGAAUCCAAGAUUCUCAACUGGAAUACAUUCUAUGCCUGACCACCUUUAUAUACUACUUAUAUGGAUAUAAGUAACCCACACACUUGACACUUGAUUAUCUUACCACAUUUUUAUGUUUUGUUUGUUUUUUAUAGUUUUUUUUAAUGCUGAAAACUUUAUAGUCUAAUACUUUCCUUUUUUUUCUUACUACAAACAAACAAUCAAACGAACCAAACAAUCAAACCAACAAACAAUCAAUCAAACUGAAACAAACCAAACAACCAUCAUUCAAACGAAACGAACAAACCCAACAAACAAACAAUCAAACCAAUCAAACUGAAACCAACCAAAAACAAACACAUAUAGCUUCUUUUACAACUUCAAGCAUUAGAAAGUGGUUAUCGUCGUUUACCACAUUCAUGUGAUACAGAGAAAUCUCGUAUGAUUAUAUGUAAAAAUCCAAUUAAUUGUCCAAAUUAUUAUCCACGUGAACCAUUAACUGGUACUGAUAAUGAAGAAUAUUAUAUGAAAUUAGAUGCACAAACAUUAUUUUUUAUAUUUUAUUAUUUUGAAGGUACUAAAGCACAAUAUUUUGCUGCUAAAGCAUUAAAACGUAUGUCAUGGAGAUUUCAUACAAAAUUUAUGAUGUGGUUUCAACGACAUGAAGAACCUAAACAAAUUACUGAUGAAUAUGAAUCUGGUUCAUAUAUUUAUUAUGAUUAUAGAACAAUGAGACAACGUAAAAAAGAAGAAUUUAUGUUUCAUUAUAGUUUUUUAGAAGAUAAAGAUUUUUAAACUAAACAACUUCUUGUUAUUGUUGCUGUUGUUGUGAUUUAUCACAUAUCUCUAACCCUUGAACAACAUGAGGAACUGUACAAUUGACUUGUGUAUUGUAUAAAAAAAGGAGAGAGGGGGGAAGAAUAGGUGCUUUCAAAUUUGUUUGUUUCUUUGUUUGCAUUUGUUUGCUAUUUCAUUGUGUAAUUCUCUCGUUUUCUUUUCUUUCCUUUUAUUUUUCCCUCCCCUCCUCUCCCCCUCCCUUCUCCAUUUUCCUUCAGUUAUUACAUAAAUGCAGCUAUUUACAAUCUUUUGAACUGUUGAUUCAUUCUUCUCUCUUUUGUUGUUGUUAUUGUGUGUAUAACAUUAUUAUUAUUAAUAUUGAUAAUUAUCAGUGAUAUUAUUAGUACCAAUAUAUAUAAUAUUAUUUAUCAGUGUUUCGUCGCUCAAAAUUCUUUCUUCAUCAAGUGUAAAUCAAUCAAAUUCAUAGAAGUAAUUAGUCAAUCACAAAUCUUUAUUAUUUCCCAAUGUGUAUAUGGGUGUCUCUUUUUUUCUAAUCUUUUGUCUUUAUCAAUGAAUUGUGUAGAAAUUGUUUUCUUUUUUGUUGUUGUUGGAUUAGUGUAAUUUCUCCGCUUCGUUUAUAGUCAGAACUUAUAUAUAUAUAUAUGUAUGUAUGUAUAUUGUGGUGUAUAUGUAAAUGUGCAUAGAAACAACUGAACUGCAUUUAAAACACAUACUCGAUAUAUAUGUAUAUUUUUUUUCACUCCAAAUCAAUAAAGUUCUCUUUUUUUUGAUUUUUUUUCUCUCUAAAGAAAGAAGAAAAAGAAACAAUCGAUAAAUGCAAAUAAAUAUUACAUAGAAAUACUAGUUCUGUCUUUUAUUGUUGUUGUUAUUAUUAUUAUUUCUUAUGUAUAUAUAUAUAUGUAUAUAACUUUGCCAUCUAAUAGAUUAUUCAGUAUGUUUUGAUAAGUUUCAAUUCACUUAGCAUUAUUAUACUUGAAUGUAUUAAUUGAUAUCUUUAGGACUGGAAUUGAUCAAUCUCUUAUAAGUGAUUGUCAUUUCAUUCUGUUUGUGUGUGAGCUGUGAUACUGCCCGGGUGCCAAGACUGAAGCAGGUGGUUUUCUUAAGGGGUCACACUCCGAGCGUUUGAUCUAAAGGUCUGACCGACAAGGCAGUGGAGCAUUGUGAGGAGAUGUAUUCCCAUGGCAGCCGGUGACCAACAAUUGGUUUCUUCAGGAUACUGGAGUCCAUGUGCACCAUUGAUUUGGGAUCCGGUUGAAUCGCCGAACAUUCGCUUUUCGUCCUGUCAAUUUCGUAAACAACACCCCUGGUAGAAGGCAGUGAGUAGGACUUCUUUAGCGGAGGCUGUAUACGCGUGGCCAUGUGAGAGCAUUUCGAAAGAGAGGGCGGGCUCACUUCACUCUUGGCCAUACCAGGGCAUUUGCGGGCAUAUGUGGAUCCUGUGCAAAUUGCCUCGAUAUAGCCUUAAAUCACAAGUAUUAUAAGGAAAGAUGAAUGGUGGCUAAAAGUGGAAUCCAGGAUGCACGUUUUGUCUUAUCUUGGGACUCGUCGGCUACAUGUUCUUGCAUCUCAGAGUUGUUGUUCAUUUUGGAACUCGGACCCUGUACCGUUCGGUUCAAACGCUAUCGCGUUAUACACUUAACUACUGAUUUCUGAUAGCUACUUGCUUGUGCAAUGGGGUGAAGUUUAAAUUCACUUAAUAUUAUUUUACUUGGAUCUUUACAUCUAUAUUUAAGACUGCAAUUGAUCAGUAUCUUAUUGUCAUAUAUGUGUACUGUGCGUAUUACCACGAUAUUGUCUUAAUUCACAAGCAUUGUAAGCAAAGAUAGAUGGUGGCCAUUAGUGGAAUCUAGCUAGGACGCGGUUCCGUACUAAUUGUGACUAGUUAGUUGAAUGUGCCCACACCGCAGAGUUGAUAUUCACUAACCAUCUUUGCUUAUAAAAGUUGUCAAAUAGUCAAGACUCAUGAGUUUGAUUAUAAACCAUUUAAACAUCAAAAUUAAAACACGAAUUUCAGCGAAGGGAUCUCUUUUCAACGAAUUUAUUAUCAAGCUGUACAAUCGUAUAUAUAUGAAAAUUUUGUUUUUGUAAAAGUACUAAUUCCGUGAGGAAAUGUGAACACAGUUAAUAUAAAGGUUAUAAACCAUUUGUCAAUUUCGUAUCACCCAAGAUAUUCAGUCAGUCAACUACAACGUAGGACCAGGCACAUAUAUGGAUCGGUCCAAGUUGUCAUACUUCAUUAACACAGCACAUACCCACAAACCUCAAUAUGUUAAUGUAGAUUUCUUAUUUGUUGUACUACUGAAGUUGUGUACCUUUAAAGGCUGAUGUUCUUUGUCCAAAUAAACAAUUAAAUCACUGACUAGGAUAACAAAGAUGAAUACAUAUUAAUGACUAAGUGUUAUUCUGUUGGGGACGUUAGAUCUCCAGAACUCACUUGGGAAAGGACCUAAUUCUGUAAUUUUAUUUAGAAAAUUUGAAUUUCCUUGGUUCCGCGCCAAAAGCGCUCUUGUCACCUACAUGUCGUAUUUCCCAGUGGGAAGUUACUUAUAUGCUGUUUGUCCAUUGCGUCUUUUAGUAUGCUAUUUGGUAACACUCCCCAAGGACGGUUUUAUACUGUAUAUAUACGUUUUGAAUUGUGUUUGUUGUUAUCCCUCGUUUCUGGCUGUUUGCAGAAUAUACUUCCUCAUUCCAAGCUUGGACUUCUCCCUCUAGUUAGCGGGGCUGGGACGCAUCAAUAGCUAGCUUCCUGGUCUUUGGUCACCGAGUCUUGUUUCUCGUUCGCAGAUUAAGUGAACUCGUUAUAGCUUCAACCCUAGCAUAUUAAAAAAUAGUGAUGAAUCAAUCAGAAUCGAGUAAGUGGAUUCUCACGCUAAUCAUAGAAGUGACUGAAUUGUAUGGAGUUCCAAUUGUUUAAAAUUCUUUUUUUGUUGUUGUCGUUACCAUAAAGUAAAAGUGAUAGCUUGAUAACGUACGUCAAGUGGUUACUUUAUGGAAUACAGUUUGUACAAUAAAUGAUUGUUUCAAUUUACUUUCUUACUG